AGUCGUGCGCGCUAACGCUCGUUUUCCUCGCUUUUCCGCUCGACAAUUUUCCAACGGCGGCCACAACAAUUACAGGCGACAAAAGCGUGCAAGCACUGUUUUUUUGUUUUCGAACGUUUUACUGCAAUUUCCUUCUCCGUCUGCAAGACGGCGGACUUUUUUGCGGCUUUGGUUUUCCCGUUCGCGUGUGUUUUCCUCGGUGUUUCUGUGUUUUCCGCUGCGAAUACGGGACCUUAAGGCAGGCAACGAUAAAAACACAAAGGGAAAUUGGGAAAACGCGGCGUCGCAACAUUUGCCAAAUUGAUUUUUAUUGUGUGAGACGCAGAGUUCAAGCAUUAUAUAAAGAAUCGAGCGAGGAAAAGGUGGACCUCGCUAAUUGCCGGUGAGAAAGGGUCAGCGAUGCACAGUGCGAACGGGAUGUAAAGGAUUAGCGCAGUGCAAACAGAGAGCGUGUGAAAAACGAGGAGGACGACAGAGGACGAGGGCUCCACUUUUUCGAGAGCGACUGUUUGGCAGGGAGGCAAGGUGAAUCUGUUCCAGCACACCAUGUCAUCGAUCUCGGCGCAGGGCGUGGUCGAGCGAGCCUCCGCCGAGUUGUCCAAGCGGAUCAACGGGCUGGGGCUGCGCUCGAAGCACCACCACAGCAGUUCAUCCGGUGGUUCUAGUGGUGGCGCCGGCGGAGGCGACUCCGCAUCCCCCACCGGGGCCACGCCCACUCCCGCGGCGUCCAGCGGGAAGACAUCGGUGAUGGAGCGCGUGACGAACGCCCUGUGCGGCGGCGGCAACUCCAACGCCAACUCGGGAUCGAAUAGCUCCAAUAGCAACGCCUCUUCACCGGCUGCCGCUGCUCCUCCGCCCGCCAGCAAUGCCAAUCCUCCCCAGACGCCGGACAAGCCGUCGCGGGGCAGCAGCCCCUCCAGUCCCGGAGGACUCACCAUGCCCGGCGGCCAGUCGCAGGUCCAGAACUCCACACACCACCUCCUGCAACAGCAACAGCAACAGCAGCAGCAGCAACAUCUGCAGCUGCAACAGUCGCAGCAGCAACACCUCCAGCUGCAGGCCUCCACGCUGAUCAACUCCAACCACCAUGUGAUGGUGGGUCCCGCCCCGCCCACUGGCAUGCCGCUGGGCGCCCCGCCCACGCCCACAGUGAAGUCCAUUGCCAAGCAGAUGAACAUAACCAUACCGGGUGGCGGUGGAGUGAAUCCCGGAUCACCCACUUUCAGCACCAUGGGCAUGGUGGCGGCCCAGAAGGCGGCGGCCAGUGCCGGCGGAACCCCGCUGCAGCUGAGGAAGCAGCUGCCCAAUCCUCACCUGCACCACCCCUACGGAAACAUGGGCGUCGUCGGCCAGUCGCCGCUGAUCCUCCAGCAGCAGCAGCUCCACCCUCCGCCCAUCCACAGCAUCGAACAGCUGAUGCUGGACGACCGCUUCCUGAGCCGCUUCUUCCAGUACUUCUCCCCCUACGAGAGGCGCGUGCUCGCCCAGGUGUGCGUCAAGUGGCGGGACACACUGUACCGCAGUCCGCGCUACUGGAGCGGCCUGUUGCCCACGCUGCAGUGCCGCGAGCUGCGCCAGAUGCCCGGCUGCGAUCGCGGCAAGCUCUACAACUCGCUCAUCCGGCGCGGAUUCCACGCCCUCGGCCUGGUCGGCGCCUCCGACGAGGACGCCCUGGACGUGGUCCACUCCUUCCCGCUCGCCUCCAAGCACGUCCACUCGCUCAGCCUGCGCUGCUCCUCGAUCAGCGACCGGGGCCUGGAGACCCUGCUCGACCACCUGCAGAGUCUGUUUGAACUGGAGCUGGCUGGCUGCAACGAGGUGACCGAGGCGGGGCUGUGGGCGUGUCUGACGCCCCGAAUCGUGUCCCUGUCCUUGGCGGACUGCAUCAACAUCGCGGACGAGGCGGUGGGCGCGGUGGCCCAGCUGCUGCCCUCCCUCUACGAGUUCUCGCUGCAGGCUUACCACGUCACGGACGCGGCACUCGGCUACUUCUCGCCCAAACAGAGCCACAGCCUCAGCAUCCUGCGACUGCAGUCGUGCUGGGAACUAACCAACCAUGGCAUCGUUAAUAUCGUGCACUCCCUGCCGCAUCUCACGGUGCUGAGCCUCUCCGGCUGCAGCAAACUGACGGACGACGGAGUGGAGCUGAUUGCCGAGAACCUGCAGAAGCUGCGCGCCCUGGACCUGUCCUGGUGUCCCCGCAUUACGGACGCCUCUCUCGAGUAUAUCGCCUGUGAUCUGAACCAGCUGGAGGAGCUGACCCUGGAUAGAUGCGUGCACAUAACGGACAUUGGCGUGGGCUACAUCUCCACGAUGCUGUCGCUGACCGCUCUCUUCCUGCGCUGGUGCUCCCAGGUGCGCGACUUCGGGCUGCAGCACCUGUGCUCGAUGCGGAACCUCCAGGUGCUGUCCCUGGCCGGAUGCCCGCUGCUGACUUCGUCGGGUCUGUCCAGCCUGAUCCAGCUGAGGCACCUGCAGGAGCUGGAACUGACCAACUGCCCGGGGGCGUCGCACGAGCUGUUCGACUACCUGAAGGAGCACCUGCCCCGCUGCCUGAUCAUCGAAUAAUCGAUGGGUGGACCUAGAAGGAUUCGGAUGCGGAGUCCCGGGGCUCACGGAGCACUGAUUUUCGGUUCGGUUUGGAUUCGGUGCGGUGCGGCGAACCUUUCGAGUAUGCUUAUUUGGUACACUUAACCUCCAGUCGGCAAGUUCCUCGCGUGCUAUGUGACUUUAACUUUCCGUCAACACUGUACUCUAUCCCUUAUAGUUUUAGACUUUUUAUGAUUUCUGCUGUGAUUUGAUACGGAACUUAGUUAAGUUGAUCUGUUUAAGACGAUGAUGUACCACAAAAGACCCGAAGAUGAUAUUUAUUUACAUGCAAUACAAUAUGUUUAAUAUACAUAAAAAUAUAUUUAUAUUUAUAAAUAUACAUUAUUUAUAUUAUUGUAGUUUUUAACGAACGUUUUAUUUACUACUCUCGCUGUAACUAAACAUACAGUCUACGUGUAAAUUACUGAAAAAGAAACCAACUCAAAAAAUUCAAACAAAACAUUGCGCCCAAAAGACGAACAAACAGCAACAAAUAGAAAUUACAAAUUACAAAAUACAAAGCGAAUCAAAAUAUGCAAUUAACUUACAUUAGUUCAAAGAAGCAAAAGAACAAAAGAUGAAAAUACGAAAAUAUUUACGAGUAUAGCAAAAACGUGCAAAAGUUGCCGGCAGCUUUAGAUUGAAAUUGCAAUUGAAAUUUACAAAUCCUAGACUUUUGCAGCCCCUGACCAGUGAACCUUACUUCGAUUGUACCAUAUGACUAAUCUGUAAUUAUCUUACGGCUACUGAAAGUAUUUUAAGCAAGGAAUCGGUGACAGAUGUGCACGCUACCAAUGAAGUCAAUAUUUAACACAAUGUUUAGCAAAUUGUUGUCAGGUUGCAAACUGCAACUGCGAACCAUAAACAAUCGACUUCUGGCCGUCAAAGAUACUCUAUAUAUCUAGCUUACGUUAUAGAGCUGCUCUCCUCAUUAAGUAAAGCCCUCACUCAAACCUAAUGUAAAUGCUUUGUUUUUAAAUCCAAUGUGAGAGUUUCAUCGUGAACAUUAAGCAAAUGGAGAUUGGAAACUGCAGUCUUAAACCAACAAGAACACAACUCUACAAGUACAUGAUAAAAUAAAUAAAUGGUAAAAUGAA